AUGUGGAAGUUUUUUGGUGGGGUACAAGUGUACAAGGAAUAUUUUUGGUGGGAUAUUAGACGCAGUACGGACGCUUUUGGUGGGAUACAAGUAUUAUUACAAGAUGCAAGUGUUGAGGUUUUUAGCGGGGUACAAGGGGCAAAUGUGGAAGUCUUUGGUUGUAUGCAAGGGGCUAAUGUUGAGAAUUUUGGUGGGGUACAAGGGGCAAAUAAGGAUAUUUUUGGUGGGAUACAAGGGGCAAAUAAGGAUAUUUUUGGUGGGAUACAAUGGGUAAAAGGGGCAAAUAAGGAUAUUUUUGGUGAGGUAAAAGGGGCAAAUAAGGAUAUUUUUAGUGGUGUACAGGGGGCAAAUAAGGAUAUUUUUGGUGGGAUACAAGGGGCAAAUAAGGAUAUUUUUGGUGAGGUAAAAGGGGCAAAUAAGGAUAUUUUUGGUGGGAUACAAGGGGCUGUUACGGAUAUUUUUGGUGGGGUACAAGGGGCUAAUGGGGAUAUUUUUGAUGGGAUAGAUAGAGUUUCAGAUGAACCUCAGCCAUUUCAGACUGACUUGUGGCUCAUCCUGGCUCUGGAAAACUGGAUCUUUGAUUUCGGUCGGCCUAUAGCUGCUAUGUGGGUGCCGCUAGAGUGGACUCCCCUUGACAAGCCAAGUAUCGGCGAUUAUUUCCACAUGCUAUACAACGUCAUCACGCCAUUUUGUCUCCUGAAGCUGAUGGAGCGAAGCAAGCGCCAGCUGUCCUCGAACGUGACCUACCUGAGUGUGAUCGUGUUCGUGAUGGGGGCGAGCAUCCACCUGGUGGGAGACUCCGUCAACCAUCGUCUGAUUCACGUCGGCUACAAGAACCAUCUCAGCGUGGCCGACAACCCCAUCAUGAAGGAACUGCGGCCCAAGGAGUUGAUAAAAUCUUUUGAGUUAUUAUACAGAUACGAUGAGGAGAUCGGUCAUUUGAUGUGGUACAUUCCAUUUUUCCUGUGUUUGUUCCUGUACUACGUGGGAUGUUUCACCCAGUCCCAGAUAAAACAACGGAUUGGAAUCACUUGGUCACUUCUGGCUGUGGUCAGCGCCGCAUAUUACUGGUACCUGGCCACUGAAGGACAAAUUUUCCCUUUGUUUCUGCUGACGUAUGUUGCCAUGUUGUGUUUGUACUUGUUCAAUCUAUCUAGAGGCUGGUCCUGUGAUUUGAAUGGCCGCUUCCUUCUUUGGACUUUCACACUGACCACGCUUCUUACAGCAGCGUGGUCAUUUUGGCUGUGGAAUGACGUCACCUUGAGGAAAAAAUAUCCCGGGGUUCUAUAUAUCCCAGAACCAUGGGCGUACUACACUCUGUACAUUGCUUCAUAAUGUGACUUGACUUGGUAGAUUCAAGUUUACAAGUGGUUUAUGGUGAUUGAUUGGAUGUGGAAUAAUUUUUAUAACAUGCAUUGAGUAAGAAUCAGUUAAAUGUGUUUUAUUUAAGUCAUCUGUUAAAUUUGAGAGCAGUGAGUGGAAAGUGUAAUUGUAAAGAGAAAAAGAAAGUUAUUUUAAAAUGUGAAGUUAAUGUAUCUGCGGAAUGCAAAUUUGUUACAAAAGAAAACAGACACUGGGGGACAGGAAUUAUAAUUUUAAUGAGC